AACGCAGAAACAGCCAAACGCUCUCGCAACGGUCGCAUCCACUGCUACCGCGGCUAACGGUAGCAGUGGGGUUUUCUCUUUUUUUCCCUCCCUUUCACAGUAAAUUGCGUUUUUAAAUCUUAGAAGUAUGUUGUUUAAUAGAAUAGCUGGAUGAAACCAAUCUUUUUCGCUUUUAACGGAGAACAAGUCGGCAGCCGAGCGGGUUUUAGCAGUUGGUUCAUUUUGAUACCGAAGAGGCUCAUCUGUCCGCCGCUGCCGCCGCUGCUGCUCCCCCUUCAGCGGGGAAUUGGACAAAGCCAGUCAGAUGUUGGACGGUUGGAUAAAUGUCCGCGACUCUCCGCGUUUUCAGGCCGGCUUUUGAAGUCGACUUUUCAAACUGAGCACCGCUCGUGAAAGUGACGGCGGCGAGGCGGUUUAGGAGGGCGAGAGUUGGGAUCUCGCACCGAGAGAAGGAGGAGGAAACAGCCGCGGGGAAGAAGGGGCGAAGGGGGCCGAGAUCCUGAUGCCAGUGAUGGCAAACGAGCCGAUCAUCCUGAACGUUUAUGACAUGUACUGGAUCAAUGAGUUCACCAGCUCUCUGGGCAUUGGAGUCUUUCACUCAGGGAUUGAGAUCUAUGGAAGAGAGUUUGCCUAUGGUGGACACCCAUACCCGUUCUCAGGGAUCUUUGAGAUCACUCCGGGCGAUGCCACUGAACUCGGCGAAACGUUUAAGUUCAAGGAAGCCAUCAUCCUGGGCAGCACAGACUUCACGGAGGAAGACGUGGAGCGGAUCGUGGAGGAGAUGGGGAAGGAGUACAAGGGCAACGCCUACCACCUCAUGCACAAGAACUGCAACCACUUUUCCUCAACACUUUCAGAGAUCCUCUGUGGCAGGGAGAUCCCUCGUUGGGUCAACCGCCUGGCCUACUUCAGCUCCUGCGUGCCGUUCCUCCAGAGCUGCCUGCCCAAAGAAUGGCUGACCCCUGCUGCCUUACAGUCCAGCGUGAGCCAGGAGCUCCACGGUGCGGCCGGAGAGCUGGAGGAGGCCGAGGACGCCGCCGCCACCGCCUCCCUGGCCUCCAUGUCGCCCUCCGCCUCCUCCGGCUCCCCCUCCUCUCUGCCUCGACACUGUCGCCCUCAGCCCCGCAGGUAGAAGCAGGGGGUGGGGGAAAACCCCGGGCCUUCGCCCCCCCCUUUCUUAAAGAGACGGUGACCUAAUGGAGAAACCGCAGCAGCCACAGCCAAGAGUCAUGUCAGAGCGUCAAUUCAGACUCGCUCCGUGUGGGAGCAUCGGGACAAUCUGAGCCCCGUCUGGACCUGCGGAGCGGUUCUCACUGAUCCCCACACCCCCCUGAAAACUCAACCCAUUUCCACUCGUUUCUCCUUUACCUGCAAACCACAGGCAGGUUGUACCAGCAUUUACUUGUCACCCCCUCCACCUGGUUAGAGUGUAAAAACAUCUCCGGAGCAGUCGCAAACUAUAAACUCCUAAGUACAUUGUCAUGGAAAAAUUCUCUUUAUUUUAAACAAUUUUCUAAAAGUGUUUUUUUUUUUUCAUGGAAAAUGUCAAUAAGCUUAAAAAUAAUCUUUUACCUAUACCUGUCCAAUCAUUUUGAGGCAAAUGUCUGGUUAAAUUAAGUUUCUGUCGCUGCUGAUUACAACCUGAAUCCCUGGUAAAGCUGCUUUAGGGCCUUCUGUAAAUCCUCCUCAAUAACCGGGUUGUUCUAAAUGUCUGUGAUUGUUCUGACCGCAAGCGAGAGCAAGUCGAGGAGAGAAGUUGUUUUCUCGAACAUCAGCGAGCGCCAUCUUUCUUUAGCGCCGUGUUCUCUUGUCUUUCCUCUUUUGAAGAGCGGCUCUGUGCCACAUCACAUUUUUCAUCUAAGACCACGAGUUCGUAAUCAAAAGUUUGUCUGCCGUCAUCUGAUGAGCUGAACUUCAAGAAGGUAUUAAGUGACUGCAAAAACACAAAACCUUACAAAGGGCUUUCAAUAAGACAAAACUAACUCAUAAGUAAGUUUUGCGCAAGAUAUAGGAGCUUUUAUUUGUCAAUAAUUUGUUAAUAUUGAUUUAAAAAAGCUACUAGUUACAAUGGCAGUUUGAGUAAAAAAAUGUUUGGCAAUGGAAAUAGUAUUUUUUCUUAAUCAAUAUUAAGGAAUUAUUGCUCCUAUAUCUUGCUGAACUGUUACUUGUAAGUUAGUUUUGUCUUAUUUCAAGUCCACUAAGACAGUCACACAAGAAACUAGAACAAAAACACUUUGUAAGAUUUAAUAUUUUUGUAGCGUCAUUUCCUACCACCGAUCGGAUCUGCUCUUAAUUUCAGGUUGCAUGUUUUUAAUGCGUUUAAUAUGAAGUUAUGCUGCUGUUCUAGAGCAGAAUUUGUUGUAGGGCUUUCCUGGCGUCUUUACCAGAGAUUCCAUCAGCGCAGUGGUUUCCGUGUCUCCUUCAAGGCUGUUAAAUGUCUCGUCUCGUAAAUGACAGUUUUUUUUUUUUAUCUCAGUGGGAAUUUCCUGCAGAUAAAAGCAGUUCUGCAGUCGAGUUGAUUCAGCCUGCCAGAUGCCGCUGACGGGUAAAGUUAUAGGAUCAGCCAAAUCUUUUUGUAUUUUAUUUCCGGUGAAACACUUAGCGGUAGCUCAGGUCGUAAAAAAUGUACCCAGGAAACAAAACGCAACAAUCUGAUGAUUCAUACUGACUCAUCAACCAACUCAAAGAAACGUUUUUCCUAAAGUGUUUCGGGUCAAAGGUUAAGGCAGUGAUGCUUUCUAAGUAGCAGCUGCCAUGGUGCCUUUAAACCAGGUACGUUUUUAUGGAACCUAUACAUUUAGCAGGUAUGACGACGUUUAAUAUUUUUUUUGUAUUUUAAAUCAAAGUAAAAUUGAAAUUCACACUAAUGUUGUAUGGUAAUUACAGAAUUUAUUUUUAUUUUUGUCUUAACUGACCAGAGAUCAGCCUGCACCAAUUAUUUUCCUCCAAAGUAGUGAUGUCGCAUCAAACAAACGAAAACACUGUGUGUUGAGGGGUUUUUAUGCCACACAUGUUCAUCAUCACACUGACAAAAAUAAUAAAAGUAAGAGCUUUGCAUUUCACAGGAAGGUGCUAAUUUUCCUCAAAGAGCAAUGGGAUUUAACUACCGCAGGGCGAGUUCUGCUCCAAAGCCAGAGCCGCAGGCGUGCUGGUCGGACGUUUGGACUCACCGUUUCUGACAAAUCCUGUUCUGCUGUAUUCUGAUUUUUAUGAAAUUCUGGCCUUUGGUCAGCUUUGUUUAUUUUUCGACAAACUCAGGACUCUUAAAGGCUUUGUAGUUUGAACUUUUUUCUUUCUUUUUUACACGUUUUAUGUCAUUUCUUUUUCUAAAGCAGUAGUUGCUCAGUUUUGUAUUCCACUCUUCAAAACAAUUUUGUUUUUGUAUCUGUACUUUUCUCUUUUUCAGUGUGCAGGAGUCUCUUUUCGAAACUGAUUAGCAUCGAGCUAACUUCUGGGCCACAUCUUCCUCCACCACAUAAAUACUUGGACACCUUUACAAAUGUAGCACUGUUUGCAAGUUUUUGUCAAGUAUUAUUUUUAAGGGACUGAAUUCUUUUCUUGUUUUUCCCCAGCUCAAUCAUUUGAGUUUCCUUUGCUUUGGUGCUCUGGCACCCAGAUGUAAUUUGAAUAUUUUAGGUUUAUUAUAAAUGAACAUGUUACAGAAGAAAAGGUCAAGCAAAGGUAUUUUGUCAGAAACUUUGUGCGGCAGGACAAAAUCAGAGCUUUAUCAGUAAUGCAACUGCUGUUUUAACGAGUACACCACUUUGGCGCCCUCUGCUGGACACUCUUUUUUUAGAGCUACUGGGGUUUCCUGAAAAGCAAUGACUGGUUUGGGGAAAUUUUUUUGUAUAUGGUACAAGUUAAGAUUAUCCUUUAAAAAAAAAAUCAAAUAAGGAAAUUAGCUAAAGAUGGCUUUGAUGUGAAUAAAUAUUUCACCCUGUAAAUGUUAACUCAUCAAGAUGUUAACAUGAAUGUGAAAUUUACUACAAAUGUUCCAUAGUAAAAUUUGAAUUUAAUGCAAAUCAGGAAACCCCAGAAAUCUGUUUCACAGUAAUUAUUAUUAUUUUUCCCCCAGAGAUUUUAAUACAGCCCAACACAGCUGGAUCCUAUCUGAAUAUUCAAGUAAAACAGUAUAUCACUCCUGGUUUUUAUGUUGUGAUAGUUUAACUGACAAUAAAUUAUACUUAUUUAGUUGCACAAAAAAAAAAAAAAAUACCAAUAAAGCCUUAUGUUUUCAUUCACGUAUGUAGAUGGAAUUUA